AUGAAUUUCGUUAUUCUUACGCUGUUAGUCACUGCUCUUUCCCAACAGACCAGGGCCCACUACGUGUUCAACCGCCUCGUCGUAAAUAACACCAUCUCUCGGGAGUUCCAACACGUCCGCGACGUCUCUGGCAACGCUGGAACCUACGACGAUCUCUGGCUCAAGACGUUUCCCAUGUACGGACCCGAAAAUGCAAACGUAACAUGCGGCCGUGGUUCCUUCCCCGUUCAAAAUGCCGAGACUAUUGAGACAGCCACUAUUGUUGCUGGAAGCGAGGUUGGGCUUAUGGUAUCUGGACCUUAUUAUGAGGGCGAUGUCCAGGGAUAUAUCUUCCACGAAGGGCCUGGACAGGUGUUUCUUUCACGGCUACCAGAUGCACUACCAAGUCUGAUGGAGUAUGAUGGGAAAGGGGAUUUCUUCAAGAUUGCGUAUGCAGGGCCGGCAAACAAGACGACGUGGUCAACUAUGGAUAAGCUCUCUAUUAACUUCACCAUUCCGGUUGCCACGCCGUCAGGCCAAUACCUUCUACGGAUCGAACAUUUCAUGCCGUCUAUGAGUCUUGGUCAGAGUCAGUGGUUCGUUAACUGUGCGCAUAUUGAGAUAGUGGGAGGCGGGAAUGGAAGCCCGAAACCAAUGGUUAGGUUCCCGAAUGCGUAUGCUGAGGAUGACCCAAGUAUCUGGUUUCAGACACCAGAUGAUUUGGACCUAUAUGUAGAGCCGAAGCCGGUGGUGUGGAAGGGUUGA